AUGGCCCCUACACCUUGCCAGCUGUGCCAUACCGCCCGCGCACUCGUCAAGCGCCCCAAGACAGGUCAACAAGUGUGCAAGACGUGCUUCUUUGAGGUCUUCGAGACGGAGGUGCAUAAUACUAUCGUAGAGGGGAAUGGGAUAUUUAGGAGAGGGGAGAGGGUGGCGAUUGGUGCGAGUGGGGGGAAGGACUCGACGGUGCUGGCUCACGUUUUGACUAUGCUGAACCACCGAUAUGAUUAUGGGCUCGACUUGUUCUUGUUGUCGAUUGAUGAAGGGAUCACAGGGUACCGGGAUGAUUCCCUCGAGACUGUCAAGCAGAAUCAAGUAGAGUACGGUCUCCCCCUCAAGAUCCUCUCCUACAACGACCUCUACGGAUGGACGAUGGACCGGAUUGUCGAGCAAGUCGGAAGGCGUAAUAAUUGCACAUUCUGCGGUGUCUUCCGCCGUCAAGCGCUCGAUAGAGGUGCGGCCCAACUCGCAGUGGACCAUAUCGUCACUGGACACAAUGCGGACGAUAUCGCCGAGACGGUAUUGAUGAACAUCAUGCGAGGGGAUGUAGCCCGUCUAGGGAGAUGUACGGCCGUCACGACGCAAUCGGAGGAUACGAUCAAGCGGAGCAAGCCUUUCAAGUAUGCGUACGAGAAGGAGAUUGUGAUGUACGCCUACUUCAAGAAACUCACCUACUUUUCGACCGAAUGUAUAUACUCUCCAGACGCGUACAGAGGGCACGCCCGAGUCUUCCUCAAAGAUCUCGAAGCGAUCCGUCCUUCCGCAAUUAUCGACAUUAUCCAUUCUGGCGAAUCGUUCGUGCUCGACCAGAACACCCAGAAGGGGAUGAAGGCGAUGCAAACAUGUCUGCGGUGCGGCUACAUGUCUUCGAACGAUCUGUGUAAGGCUUGUGCGCUCUUACAGGGAUUGGAAUCGGGAAUGGACCGGUCAGCUUUGCAUCAGAAGCAGGGCGGUGACACAGCCGCUCCGAGCGGUCAUCGGACCAUACCGAAAUAUGAGCGACACGCGCACGUCCCAGUAUCUGCUGAGGCUGGAGGUGGAGCCGAGGGGAUCGACACACCCCUGAAAGCACUCGCCAUCUCUUAA